CUGCAGCUUUUGUUGCUAUUUGCUAUAUGCAAUUUGCAAUUUGCGCGCAGUUGGAUUUUAACGCUCAGUUUUGGUUGCGCGUCCGCUGCGAGUAGUUGUUGCUUUUCGGCGCGCCCGAUCCCCUUUUUGAUUAUUUUUUUUUAUUCAUUUCGAUCCCCUUUGCUACUAAGCCCCUGGACUUAACUGCAUGUGCGUGUAAUUGAAUGAUAUACCGUUAGUUUAGCACAAGAGUUAACGGGCAGCAGAACAAAAUAGUGCGUGUGAGCGGGACAGAGGCAAUGUGCUGGGUCACAAUGGCUCGCAAGGACGAUCCGGUUUAUAACGUGCGGUUCGUGCAGUUCGUAGAAAAUCAGCCAUGUUUGUGGAAUUAUACACAUCCGGGAUAUAGCAAAAAGGAGGAGGUGCAGAGGGCGUGGCAGCAGGUGGCCAAUGAGAUCAAGGACACGGUGCGCAACUGCCGCGAGCGAUGGCGGACCAUUAGAAGCAGCUUCCUCCGAUCCCUGAAGCUGGCACGCACACAAACCGGCCGUGGGAAGCGCAAAUACUACCUGUCCAAGUACCUGCAGUUCCUGAUCCCCUACACCAAGUCGCGAUCCUGCCACAAGCAGCUCCCUCCGGGUAUUGCCACUGGCAAUCCUUCGGCUGGUAUGGUGCUCCGAAAACCAGGCAACACAACAACCAUAUUUCCGGAUGCACAACAGCAGCAGCAGGAAGAAGAGGAUGAAGAUGAGGAGGCCAAAGAAAGUGACAGCGAAAUGCCGUUGGAUGUGCAGGUUUCCGAGGAGGAGGUGGAUGGUGUGGUCUUGGAUGAUGCAAGGCAAGAUCAGGAACAACAGAAUCAAGAGCAGCCCACCGCCUGUUUGCCGCUGCGCCUGCAAGCCAUCAAAGUGGAGCAACCCUCUCAGAUUUCUAAUCCCAAUUCGAAUGCCCAGCUGGACAGGAUCGUGAACCUUCAAUCGCUGGUCUCAGUACCUGCCGCUGCAUUGGGUAACCACAUGGAUUGCACGGACUUGACCCAUUGGUUGAAAAGCAAUGGCAGUCAUCAUUUCAAUCAUCUAAAUCAUCAUCAUAAGUUAACCACACCACCGCCACCGCCGGCAACGCCAGCUUUGGGGGGAGCUUUAAGCGGAGGUUUGGGAGGUGGAUCGGGAGCCAUUCCCCUGCCCAUUCCUUCGCCACCGGAUGCUGACUACUCCUUUCUGAUCAGCCUGCAUCCGUACCUCAAGGAAAUGAACGGCAAGCAGAAUCGACGAUUUCGCCAGAAAGUCAUCGGUCUCAUUGAUAAUGUCCUGGAUAACAUCGAUGUUUAAUUGUGGGAAAAUGUAUACACAUGGAGAAAUAUUAUCGUUGUUAAUAUAAUGAGUCCAAAGUAUUUAAAUCAUUUCGAAAAAUAUUUAUAUGUAAAGGUUUCUGAAAAAUGUAUUUAAAUUUGAUUUGAUAGUAAUGAAAUCUGUAGAAUGGUCAUUCUUGUAUGACACAGCUUUUAAAUUCAAUCCAAUUGAGUGAUAUUUUCUCUCUGUGUAGAAACCGCAAGCACGAUAAGGAGAAAAACACACCCAGAGUAACGCCAACAGUGCCCAUUUAUUACAUGUGUAGAGCGUAUUUUUAUUGCGCUUUUUGUUGUUGUUAAACACACAAAAUCACCAAUUUGUUAUUUGUAAAAUAAAAACAAAAACAAUUUUAAAA